AUGAACGGUUUCUGGGCUUCAGGGACAGCCUUAGUGGCGCGAGUAGCCCCUGCCCUGACAUGCCUAGGCAGGUUAGGAGUCGCCCGAGGAUUGGCGACGACCCCAAAAGCAUUGCAAUUACCGCUGGCAGGAGUUCGCGUACUGGAUAUGAGUCGGGUUCUUGCAGGGCCAUACUGCACGCAAAUUCUGGGUGAUUUAGGAGCAGAGAUUAUCAAGUGCGAGCAUCCUGUGCGAGGCGACGAUACGCGCGCGUGGGGCCCGCCUUUUGCAGCCUACACUGACGGCCGAGCCGGCAACGGCGAAAGCGCGUACUACCUCUCCGUGAACCGAAACAAAAAAUCCCUAGGCCUAUCUUUUGCCCAUCCAGAAGGGGUUCAAAUCCUACACCAACUCGUGCGCGCCUGCGACAUCUUAGUCGAGAACUACCUCCCCGGCUCACUAAAAAAAUACGACCUAGAUUACGAAACACUCAGCCAAAUCAACCCUCGCCUCAUAUAUACAAGUAUUACGGGCUAUGGCCAGACAGGCCCGUACAGCAACCGGCCCGGCUUUGACGUAAUGGUCGAGGCCGAGUUCGGACUCAUGCAUUUGACCGGUACGCGCGACGGCCCGCCUGUCAAGGUUGGAGUUGCGGUGACUGAUUUGACGACGGGUUUGUAUGCGUGUAAUUCAAUUAUGGCCGCUUUAUUGGCGCGCGCGAACACGGGCGAGGGACAGCAUCUUGAUGUUUGUUUGAGUGAUUGCCAGGUUGCAACACUAGCAAAUAUGGGGCAGUCAGUGCUGAUUAGUGGGAAGAAGGAUUCCGGGAGAUGGGGGACAGCUCAUCCUUCUGUUGUCCCGUAUCAGGGAUUCAAAACUGCCGACGGGGAUAUCUUCGUUGGCGGUGCAAAUGAUCGUCUAUUUGGGAUUCUUUGUGACAAGAUUGGGAAGUCGGAGUGGAAGACUGACUCCCGGUUCGUCAGUAACAAUGAACGGGUCAAUAACCGCGCUGUUUUAGAGCCUUUGAUUGAAGGUGAAAUGGUCAAGCGCACCACACAGCGAUGGCAGGAGAUCUUCGAGGGGAGCGGGUUACCAUAUGCUGCUGUGAAUGAUAUCCAGGGGACGAUGUAUCAUGAGCAUGUGGAAGCUCGCGGUAUGGUGCAGUCUAUUGAGCACCCUGCUUGUGGUCCCAUCAAGGUUAUUAGUCCGCCGGUGAAAUAUUCUAAUGCGAAACCUAGCAUUCGCAUUCCACCUCCUCUGCUUGGAGAGCAUACCGAUGAGUUACUUCGGGAUGUGAUUGGAUUGAGUGUUGCGCAAGUGGAGGAGUUGAGGGACAAGGGUGUUGUGGCAUAA